AUGUCGAAUUAUACGAGGACGAUUCACAAACAUAGUGAGAGUGUGUUCGAGAGUAAACUCAUCAUUCCGCUUUAUCUGAUUAUUUUUGUGCUGGCAGUGUUGGGGAACACUUUAGUGCUUGUAACGCUCGUGAGAAACAAGAGAAUGAGGACAGUUACCAACGUCUAUUUGCUGAAUUUAGCAAUAUCCGAUCUACUCCUGGGGGUGUUUUGUAUGCCUUUUACGUUGGUAGGCCAGGUGCUGAGGAACUUUAUAUUCGGAUCGACCAUGUGCAAAUUAAUUCCAUAUUUUCAAGCUGUUUCGGUGUCUGUGGGAGUGUGGACGUUAGUGGCGAUAUCCUUGGAGCGGUACUUCGCUAUCUGCAGGCCAUUGAAGUCGAGGAGAUGGCAGACCCAGUUCCACGCUUACAAGAUGAUCGCCUGCGUCUGGCUGGCAAGUUUGUUUUGGAGCGGACCAGUCCUGAUCGUAUCUUCGUUAAAGGCGAUGAAAAGGGGUCACAAGUGCAGGGAAGAUUGGCCCAAUCAAAGAAGUGAACAGGUAUUUAACUUGUUCCUAGAUGUCAUGCUGCUGCUGAUACCCAUGCUGAUAAUGAGUUUGGCUUAUUCUCUAAUAAUGAGCAAAUUGUGGAAGGGCCUGCAAAGGGAGAUUCAACAUAACACAUCUUGUCAGCAGCAAAUGUUGCAGAGAUCGUGCAGCUCGUCCAACAUCCAGGAGGCCGUGGUGUUAAACAACAAAUCAUCGUCCCCCAGUUCAGAGAACGGCGUGGCGUCACUGAGACAGCACCGGCUGACCCCACCUUGCAGCGCAAAAAUUAUGACGACGGUGACAAAAAACAACAAGCGCCACAGGAAAGCCGGAGACAAAGCGGAAACCGUGAAAAUGUGGCUGAUGAAAGGCUUCGUGAAGGUUAAAAUUCCGCAGGCGAAUGGUCACGACAUCCAAGGCAAUGGCUGCACGAGGACCACCUUCGUCCCGUCCUGCAAACUCACCGUGCCGCCUCCUGAAGCUAUUUCGCCGAAAGAAGCCUGCACUGAGAACGGUACCGCAGAGCAAAAAAUCGACGAGACGACGUACACCUUCAGCAGACACGGCAUUCGGUCCAACUACAUGGACAAAAGCAUAGAAGCCAAAAAGAGGGUAAUUCGCAUGCUGUUCGUCAUUGUAGCCGAGUUCUUCAUAUGCUGGGCCCCGCUGCACAUCCUGAACACUUGGUAUUUGUUUUACCCAGAAGACGUGUACAAAUACGUCGGUUCCACGGGGAUCUCGCUGGUACACUUGCUCGCUUACGUUAGCUCUUGCUGCAAUCCAAUUACCUACUGCUUCAUGAAUAGGAAAUUUCGGCAGGCGUUUCUCACGGCCUUCAACUGUCGGUGAGUAUGCGUGUGCUGCUGUUUGGCCUGCGACGAUACCAUAAACGGCACAACGAAAUUCCACAACAACGGAAUCCUGAAAAUGGCACAGAAUAACUCAGACCUGUCUGCUAACGAGUCCACCGUUUAUCUGGGCAGAGCCAGCACCAUAGGACGCUCCGAAAUGAUGGUCCUAGAAGCUGAAGAUCGUGUUUAG